CCGGGUUGAGUGCGGCUAGGGAGGGACAAACUGCCCCUGAGAUGUUUGCAGUUUGGUUACCAGGUUAGCGUUUGGCUGCUUCUGCACCAUGUCCACCUUCGAGAAGCCUCAGAUCAUUGUCCAUAUUCAAAAGGGCCUCAACUAUACAGUGUUCGACUGCAAAUGGGUGCCCUGCAGUGCCAAAUUCGUGACGAUGGGCAACUUCGCCCGGGGCACCGGCGUUAUCCAGGUGUACGAGAUCCAGCGCGGGGACCUAAAGCUGCUGCGGGAGAUUGAAAAGGCUAAGCCCAUUAAAUGUGGGACAUUUGGGGCCGCAUCUUUGCAGCAGAGAUUCUUGGCUACUGGAGAUUUUGAUGGGAAUCUUCAUAUCUGGAAUUUGGAAGCUCCAGAGAUUCCGGUGUAUUCUGUAAAGGGGCACAAAGAAAUCAUAAAUACCAUAGAUGGUAUAGGUGGACUUGGAAUUGGGGAAGGAGCCCCUGAAAUCGUGACGGGCAGCCGAGAUGGAACUGUAAAGGUGUGGGACCCGAGGCAAAAAGAGGAUCCCGUCGCUAACAUGGAACCCGCACAAGGAGAAAACAAGAGAGACUGUUGGACUGUGGCAUUUGGCAAUGCUUAUAAUCAAGAAGAGCGUGUGGUUUGUGCUGGCUACGACAAUGGGGACAUCAAGUUGUUUGAUCUGAGAAACAUGUCACUGCGGUGGGAGACAAACAUUAAAAAUGGGGUGUGCAGCUUGGAGUUUGACAGAAAGGACAUAAGUAUGAAUAAGUUAGUGGCUACGUCCCUGGAAGGCAAGUUCCACGUCUUCGACAUGAGAACACAGCAUCCUACCAAAGGCUUUGCCUCUGUAACGGAGAAGGCCCAUAAGUCCACUGUAUGGCAAGUCCGGCACCUGCCUCAAAACAGGGAGCUCUUCCUGACCACGGGAGGCGCCGGGAAUCUGCACCUCUGGAAGUAUGAAUACCCUGCUCAUCGGUCAAAGAAGGACUCAGAGGGCCUCGAGAUGGGAGUCGCGGGUUCCGUCAGCCUUCUGCAGAACGUGACCGUGUCUACUCAGCCCAUCUCCAGUUUGGACUGGAGUCCUGACAAAAGGGGGCUCUGCAUCUGUAGUUCCUUUGACCAGAUGGUGCGCGUGCUGAUAGUUACAAAACUCCAGACCAUUUGAGCCAAGGCGUGAACGUGAAACUGUCCAGAGGCUUACUCAGAGAAUUCAGCUCUGCGUCCUCUGGCCUCAUUGAAGACGGUUGGAUUUGAGGGAUGAAUGACAGCCACAGGUACACAGCCAGCCAGCCAGCCUCUAGCGUCUUUGGGUGUUUGGUGACCUGACCGGCACGCUGCUGCAUGUGCCGGUGCCACACACCAGGACCUGCUUUGUGCCUUUCCCCGUGUUUCUGUUCAAACAAUUAGAACCAGAGCUGUGGUAUUUGCUUGUGGUGCCAGCUACUUAACUGAGGCAGGAGGAUUAAGAUAGCCCAUAAGAUCAAGACUAGCUUGGGCAGCAUUAUGAGACCCUGCCUUUAAAACCAGUUGGAUGCUGGCACUGAAGAGACAGCUCCCUGAGAAGGCUUGCCUGAUGCUCUUGCCGAGGAUAAGUUUGGUUCCCAGGAGCCACAUCAGGUGGCUUACAACCCCUUCAUUCCAGUUGAGGGCGUCUCAGACCAUUUUCUGGCUGUAUUGAGCACUGGUACUCACAGAUACAGGCACAUUCUUAGAAAUUUAUUUAAAAAAAUGUAUUUAAAUUUAAAAAAUAUUUUUAAAAGCCAAAGUGAGUAGUUGUUAUUUAAGUGUAUUUUAAGUUUGUUCUGUAUCUCCAAAGCUCCAUGGUUUCUCUGUACAUUCGUGCUUUGUUUUAGUGUUUCCACUAGGAGUCACUUCACUUGGUCUGUAAGUACCAGAAGAGCACAGCUGGCUGGACAGCCUGGAGAGCUGUUUUCAGCAGUGUAGCUGGUAAUACUGUGACUUCCCGUCUCUUUUACUCAGAUUCAGGCCUUGGCUGUCUUUUGACUGUGGUAAGUGAUGAUGAGCGUUGAAGAUUGGAGUGAUUUUUUUUUUUAAAGCUUUUUGUUAAACCUUUAAAAUAUAUUUUUAAAAUAAACAGGUUUUUAAAAUAU